CUUGAGCAGUCUUACAGUCCCUCUGGGCUGGCUACCAAUGGGGGAGCAGGAGCAGGAGCAGGAGGAGCUUCUCAAGGAGGUUCACCACCAAAGCGUCCCAAUAGUCCAACUGUGGCAUCCUCCGUCUCCAACUAUUUAGAGGGCUCUUCUCUGGUGUCCUCAGCCACCGAACCUUCCGUGAUAUCAUCUUCAAGUUUGCCACAGCAAUCUACCUUUCAAUGUCAACAGCAGCAAUUUAUCCAGCAACAGGUUCCAUACAUCUCAGCAAACACAGCAACCCCUCCACCAGGAGCCACAUUUUGCUCCUCUUUAAAUGCWUAUCCAUCUGACAAUAUGAGCGUUGAAGAGCUAGUGUCGGAGGUGGCUCUUUCCUCUCAAAGAUCGCCAGAUAAAGCUUAUGAGUGGGCGGUUAAGUUGCAAAUGCAGGAUAUCCUUACGGUGGGCGAUUUAAGGCAGCUUCACGAAACCGACUGGGCUAAUUUGAACUUGACUGUCUUUGCUACGCGAGCUUUGAAGAAUGCAAUUUCCCGAAGGCCCUCUUUAGGAAAUAAGAGCCUUCCUGCAGCCUUGGCACCGUCGACUGCUGCCUCCCAGCAGUCUUCCGGAAGUAGCACUGGACAUGCUUUGGAUUCUGAUUUGUCACCUCAAAGUGGGAUUCAACCACUUCCAGCUAUUAGCGAGUUGUCCCUUGGUAGCCCUGAAGAUGCAUCUUCUGAAAAUUGCGAUGUAAACCUUUCCUCGGCAACUCGAAACGACGGCAGUCAUGCGAUUUUUCACCUAAGCUAUUCAAGCUCUGAAAACGAUGAUUAUUCGUUGGCUAAUCAAUCCUCCGUGCCUGUGAAGCCUAUUUUCACCCCCAUCCUUAAUCCCGGUAUUGAUUAUCCGGAUGAAUAUUCUAAUAGCAACUAUUCAUUCGAGUAG